AUGCUGCAGCUGUGCAAAGUCACCAGCGCGCUGUUCAUCAGCAACGCCCGCUCGGCCUGCAGCGACGAGCUCCUCCAGCAGGAGGCGGUGACGCUCUGCAUCAACGUGUCCAAGAAGCAGCCGUUCCCCGGCUCCGCCGCCGUGGCCAAGCUGCGGGUGCCCGUCUACGACGACCCCGCCGAGGACCUGUACGCCCACUUCGACCGCUGCGCCGACGCCAUCCAGAGGGAGGCGGAGCUCGGGGGCCGCGGCGUCGUGUACUGCAAGAACGGCCGCAGCCGCUCGGCCGCCGUGUGCGCCGCCUACCUGAUGAAGCACCGCGGGCUGUCGCUCGGCGACGCGCUGCAGAAAGUGAAGACGGCUCGUCACGAGAUCGAUCCGAACUCCGGCUUCCGGUCUCAGCUGCAGAGAUACGAGCAGGAGCUGAAGAAGAGACGAGGACGG